AACGUGGGUUACAAUAAAGUAUAUUAUAGCGUUUGAUUAAAGCAAUAAUAUAAAAAUGCUAUCGUAUGUGGGGGUUUACCAUAACAUGCCGAAAAUGCUAUCGUAUGUGGGGGGUCUAUAAUAACUGGGGCAGAAACAGCGUUUAUGAAAACGCUAUGAAUGACGUAUUAUAGCACUCCUGUCGUGUUAAGAAUGUGGAUUUUUCUUGUAGUGUCUUGAUCGUGCUACGGCUCAUUAUGGUGUUGUUAUUACCUUAAAGGCAACUAACGAUGGAAUGUAUCUGGACGCAAUACCCUGUUGAACUUUGAAACUGGACGCAUCCAGACCAGAACGCGAUUCAAUUAGUUACAAGCGAUGAUCUGACUGGGAAGGCUUUUGGUGGUCGGGUAGAACAACACUAAUGCAAUCUAGCUGCUUGUGAGACAAUGGGAUCUGCAACAACUAUUUGUAGUGACAAGACUGGAACUCUUACAACAGAUCACAUGACAGUUGUAAAAGCCUGCUUCUGUGAACAAGCCAAAGAGGUUAAUGGUUCUGAUGCUGCUAUAAUAUUUGCCUCUAGUAUCCCCGAGUCUGCUGUUAAACUCCUACUGCAAUCUAUAUUUACUAACACUGGCGGUGAGAUUGUUGUGGGCAAAGGAAACAAAACCGAGAUACUGGGAACACCCACAGAAACUGCUCUGCUAGAAUUUGGGUCGUCACUCGGAGGGGACUUCCAGGAAGUAAGACAAGCCUCAAAUGUUGUGAUAGUUGAGCCCUUCAACUCUACAAAGAAAAGAAUGGGAGUUGUCAUUGAGGUGCCUGAAGGACAUUUCUGGGCGCAUUGUAAGGGUGCUUCUGAGAUAGUUUUAGAUUCUUGUGAUAAGUACAUCAAGAAAGAUGGUGAAGUUGUUUCCCUUGAUGAAGAAUCUACCAGUCACCUAAAGAACAUAAUCGAGGAAUUUGCUAGUGAAGCACUUCGAACUCUUUGCCUUGCUUAUUUCGAGAUUGGUGAUGAAUUCUCAUUAGAAGCGCGUAUACCAAGUGGCCAAUGAUGUCAUCGUCUUCUAGUCUUUAAAACGUCAUUACCUGUUUCUCUGCUUGCCACAUCAGGUUCUUGCAAGAGCUUCUUUGCCCAUUCAUAUAAAAUACAAAAAAGAGAAAGAAGAGUUAUUAGUUAUCUUUUUUUUUUUCAAGAAAAUCAGAUAAAAUUUGGAAAUAAAAAUAAUAGUAAUAAUGUUAACAAAUAUGAGUU